AUGAGCUACUACGGAGUCGGAAGCACCACCGAGGACGCAUCCGAGUUCACCGUGGAUCGUCGGAUGCAGCAACCUGAUCCAAGCUGUGACAUCUGCCUAGGCAGCGGCACUUACACCGGAGAGGCCAUGGAACAGGUAGCAUACGCUUGUGAAGAUCAUUGUCAAGGACGAUCCCGACGGUGUGCUGGUUGCGACGGCACGGGCCAGAAAUGGUAUACGAGUGUCUAUGAGACUCAAUUCAAAUGCGACUGCUCCGGCUAA